GCCUGUCACUUCAAGUCCCGCCUUCUUCAAAGCAGUACUUAAAAGCUGUAUCGCUGCCACAGUGACGAAACUUAAGCAGUAAAGACGCAAAAAUGAUCAACUGGAAGGCUUUGGACAAUGUCCCCGUCCUCUUGUACAUCCUGGGCCUGAAGACACUGCUGCUGUGUUUGGCGUUCGCCGGGGUGAAGAUCUACCAGAGUAAGAAAGCAGAGGAGGCCCUGAAGAAGCAGCAGGCUGAGAGGAGGAGGCUGGCCCAGCAGACGCAGGAGCUCAUUGACAAUAAGAAGGAAGACUGAGCAGAGGAGAGGAGCUGCUGUACACAGGAAAACAUGACCUGAGCAACAAGCCAUUUCUCCAAAUACGAGCCAGAUGUCUGACUGUCAGCAACAGAAGGCUUUCCUGCACAUGAGGAAAUAGUUUGUGGUUUCAGUAUCAGGACUGUUCAUCAUGUCGGUUUUAUAUAUUUUGUGUGAAUGUUUGACGUCACCAGGUUUUUAUAAAAUGAAAUUACACCACAUGUACUACUGAUGAGGGAUGAGUGAGUGAGAUUAAGGGCUGUUUUGUCUUUUAAGCAUAGAUGACCUCAUUGAAAGAGGCCCUCAAGUUCUCAUUUGCCAAACAUCAGCUCAUUUCUGCCUUGUUUGUGUUUUGAUCCAUCCAUCACUUCAUCUGAGGUUGUUAUUCAGACUCACUGAAAACUUGAAUACGCUUCACUUUCUUACACCACUAUUGUUGGAGGGAAAAGUGCGAUCAAAGCUUGUCAAAACUGCUUAUUUACAUGGUAUUUAUUCUGACUUUGUAAGAUUCCUUGUAAAUUGUGAGCCAGCUUUAUGCCUAACUUUUGUAAUUAUUUUGUGGUAAUAAAUAAACAUUGCUGCACAUACUA